AAUUUUCCUGGAAUUAUGUAGAUUAUUAUAGCAUAUACAAAAAUAAGGCCAUUAUGGCGAAAGCUUCAGUAGACAUCUUCAUUGGUAAAUUUGUAGCCAUCCUCGAAAGUGAAGCAGCCUCUAUAGCGGGUGUUCAUGAUCAAGUUGAUGAGAUUAAGCAGGAGCUGGUAUUCAUGAAAUCCUUCUUAGCGGAUGCUGACGAGGGCAACAAAGUAGACACACAAGUAGACGAAGCGUGGAUUGGAAGCAUUCGAGACUUGGCCAAUGACGUUGAAAACAUCAUUGAUGAAUUCAUGUAUCACAUAUACGUUCAACAUAGAGGCCGUCGAUUUGCAAGGUGGCUCCGCAAAACCAUUCACUUCCCCAAGAACCUUUGGUAUAAGCGUCAAAUAGCCAAUAAGUUACAAAAAAUUGCUGUAAGGAUUAGAGCUAUUCAUGAGAGAAAUCUGAGAUAUGGUGGCCGUGCAGCUGUAGAAGGAAAAAGUACUUCUGAGGAUAUUCGCAGAUGGGUACAGACCCAAGCGGAGUCUUCUCUUUACCAAAAGGAGGAUGAACUCGUCGGGAUUGAAGGCGAUAAGAACAUGUUAAUGGGAUGGCUGAUGAACAAAGAGGAACACCAAAUUGUUGUGUCCGUGGUUGGGAUGGGAGGAUCAGGGAAGACAACUCUAGUUGCAAGGACUUUCACCAAUCAUGUUGUGAAGAGCCAUUUCGAGUGUUAUGCGUGGAUUACUGUUUCCCAAUCUUAUGUGCUUGAAGACUUGCUUAUAAGAUUGAUGACAGAAUUCCACAAAGCGAGGAAGGAAGAGGUCCCUACAAACAUGAAUUCCAUGAGCCGUCACGAAUUGCUAGAGAUUUUAGUGAACUACUUGGAGACUAAAAGGUACCUAGUUGUAUUGGAUGACGUGUGGGAUAUCCAUCUCUGGGAGAAAAUAAGGUUUUCAUUUCCAGAUACACAACUUGGAAGUCGAAUCAUGAUUACAACUAGAAGAGAAGACAUAGCAUCCUCUUCUUUUCAAGUUGAAAGCCAUGUUCACAAGAUUCGACCGCUGGAAAGGAGUGAUGCUUGGGUGCUCUUCAGCAAGAAAGCAUUCUCAAGUUACCCUAACAAAUCUUGUUCACCUGAACUUCUGCCAUUAGCUCAGGAACUUGUGGAAAGGUGCGGAGGCCUACCUCUUGCAAUCGUAGCCUUGAGUGGUCUUAUGUCUUCUAAGAAGUCACUUACAGAGUGGAGUACAGUCUACAACACCUUAAAUUGGCAUUUAACAAACAAUCCUUUGCUAGAACCUAUGAAGAGCGUCUUGUUGUUUAGUUAUAAUGAUUUGCCAUACCGACUGAAACAAUGCUUUCUAUAUUGUUCCCUUUUCCCCGAAGAUACAGUGAUCUUAAAUAUGAGGAUCACUAGACUGUGGAUCGCUGAAGGAUUUGUUGAACAUGUCAAAGGGCUAACACCAGAAGAAGUUGCAAACAGCUAUGUUAUGGAACUCAUUUUUCGUAAUAUGCUACAGGAAAGGUAUCAAGAACACAACCAUGCAUGUAAGAUGCAUGAUGUUAUGCUGGAGAUUGCUUUGUCAAUAGCAGAAAAAGAAAAGUUUUGUUCCGUACAUGAAGGGAGUGAAACAAUGGAAGAAACUGGGGCCCUGCGUUUGUCAAUUCAAACUACUAAUGGAGAAAUUGGAUAUUCAUGCACAGGAUUGUCACGGCUUCGUUCUUUUCUUGUGUUUGCAACUGGCGCAUCCUCGUUCUCUUUCUCAAAGACAUUGCUUUUUGACCUUACAUUGUUGAGGGUUCUAGAUUUGGAGGAUGUCCCAAUAGAUAAUCUGCCAGACGAAGUAACGUACUUAUUCAAUUUAAAAUAUUUAAAUUUGAGAGGUACUCCAAUUAAGGAGCUUCCAGAAUCCAUAGGACAGCUCCGCAACCUUCAGACCUUGAACAUCAUGGACACAAACAUAGAGGCACUUCCAAGAGGGAUUUCCAAGUUGCUGAACUUGCGACAUCUAGUUAUGAGCCAUUACCAAAAUCUUUCCCAGGUAAUUGGAGUAAAAAUACCAUCAAGUAUUAGUAAGAUGAAGAAAUUGCAGUAUUUGGGAUGUAUUAAAUCCGAAGGAAAUAUCAUUAGACUUAUUGGAAAUAUGACCCAGCUUAAGGCCCUUGGCAUUACAAAUGUGAAAGAAAGAGACGAGGAGGACCUAUGUGCCUCAAUUCAAGAGAUGAAGGUCCUUUCCAAGUUGGGUUUAUGGGUAGCAGAUGGAGAGGACUUCCUUCGAGUUGACGCAUUGUCUUCACCUCCUCCCUUCCUUGAUACACUUACCUUGAGCGGCAAAUUGGAAAAGGUACCACAUUGGGUUUGUUCACUCCACUCUCUCAUAUAUUUGCGUAUGGGUGGGUCUAGACUUGAAGAAGAGGUACUACCUCAUAUCGAAGCAUUGCCUUCUCUACGUUUGCUUUGCCUUGAUAAUUCCUACGUUGGGAAAGAGUUAUGUUUCAGCAGUGGCUUUGUGAAGCUUACGUAUAUGGCGUUGGUUAAUUUCUCAUUAUUAAAUAAGAUAACCAUUGAGGAAGGGGUGAUGCCAAAUCUUGACUUCUUAAUUAUCAAUACGUGCUUGAGCUUAGAGAGACUGCCACUGGGUAUUGAGCACCUUACUAAACUAGAAGGAUACACAUUCGAGAGUGUUUCAGAGCAAUUUACAGAGUCCAUACGAGAAGGAGGUGUGGAUCAUGCAAGGAUGCUACUCGUUGACGAGAGAUGUAAGAAAUAUGCAAAGAAGUCCUACUAUUGAAGAUUUUAUCCAGUUUUGGGGUUGGAAGAACUUGUUCUAGUUGUCAAUUUUAGAUGGACGUACCAACAACCCAUUACAAUUACCUGCAUAGCCAAGGACUGAUCCCGAUCGGAUUUCCAUAAAUUUGCACUUGAUAUUUUUUGUGUGUUUUAAAGAAACGUGUAAUAAUGUUCAAGUUUUCAUCUGUCACUUUAGCAAACGGCAGCUGUAUGAUUAUUCAGUUUGGCUAAAUAAUACAGAAUCUUAAUUGCUUUCCAUCAACUCUGCACAUGAGUAAUCUUAGCAACUAUACCAAAAAGGAGUAAAAAAGUGGCAAGCAUAUGUUGGAGACAGGACAGGAGCCAUAAGCUGAAUUAUAGCAAUUUUUCUUUACAUCUUCUACCAUGGCAAUUAUAUUACAAAGGAGGGAAUGGCUCCUCCCCUUCCCGAACUUUACACCGACCACCUCCCCCUCUUCUCCGGCGGUGGACUCCUCCUGCCCCCACCCCCCGUCUUUCUCCCCCAAUUGUCAC